AUGACAUUAAGCCCAUGGAACAUUGGUCUUGAUCCAAUGUUAUUUCAUCUCAUUGAAAAACAACAACAACGCCAAGCAUGGAUUCUUUAUGCCAUCAAGGAUUGUUUAGCAGUUGAACUACUCAUGAAAGCCACGGCAAAUCAUCCCAAACCACAUCUAAUGCAACCAUCCGUUCGAGUUCCUUGUGAGCCACCAUCCGAAGACGAAUCCGAUAUCGAAGCAGCUACACCGCUUACACCUAUUCUUCCCACUAUCCGUUUCUCAACACCAACAGUUGAUCCUCUUGUAUCACCUCCAUUCCCACUGUCUGUACCAUUACAAAUUCAACCUCAACAUCCACCAUCGCCACAACAAGAACCCAAUCACAUCGAUCAGACAACUAUCUACGAACCAACCUCAGAUGACGCAACACCUUCGAUAAGUGAUAAAUCACCACCACCGUCACAAUUUGCCAUCAUUAUUCCUGAAGAAUAUCCUUUUCUGAUUUCAUCCUCACUGCCGGCAUCAUCAUUUGACAAUACUCAACAGCCGAUCAGCGAGCCACAUCUAACAUCAGCUGUUAUCCAGCGGCUUAAACCCCAACUAUCUGAGUUACAAAAGAAGAGAAAGAAUCGUCAAAAAACUUUGAAACAACGCGCUCGAAAAUUUGCAACAGAAAUUAUCCGCCGUCAUAUUUACAAAUUGUGGUCGGCGAAAAAAAUCAUUGAAGUGUUACAGAGAAAAGGAAUUCCGCACUCCAGAGUCCUCCCACGAGUAUCACCAACAACCGGCACACAUCACGUAUUUAUUGGUCUUCAGAAAUCGGACGAUUCCCAGCGCUGGGAUAAAUUAACAAGUGAUUGGUUUACCGAGGCACAUUACAAUAAAGUCUACCUCCCUCAUCGUCGAACAUCAACAUCAAGAGAUCGGUCUGAUAGACCAGAUCGUUCAGCUCAUCCAGAAGCAUUUGAUCCUCGUUCAACACCAACAGAUCGAUCAUUCAGAUCUGAUCAUUCCCAUAAAUCAACACCAGCAAAUCCCGGUGAACGAACAAGAACAGUAACUGGUAGUCAUCGUCAACGGUACAAGUAUCAUCACAAAUCCCGGUGA